AUGCUAGCAAACGGCAUCAGCAAAGUUUUCUCCCGCCCACUGUCUCCAUUGUCCCGCGCUAUGUCUGCUGUCACUGAUAAGAAGUAUUACAUCCUACGCUAUGAGUACGUUCAUGAUAUUUUGAAUCGCCGUGGUCCUUAUCGCGCUGAGCACCUAGAGCGUGCAGUGACUGCCAAGAAGGACGGAAAUGUUGUUAUGGGCGGUGCACUCGUGGACCCGCCAGACGCCGGUGUCUUCAUUUUUAACGUCUCAGACAAAAAAAUUAUCGAGAAAUUUGCGACUUCUGACCCCUACGUUCUCAAUAAUCUCGUUACUUCCUACUCCAUCCGUGAGUGGACGGUUGUUAUUUGA